UUUUGACUUUUUCUACAUAGACAAACUCGUCCGAUCCCGAACUUUUGCUAUAGCUUCAAUCGUUGUCUUCACACCAUGACCACCUCAAGAGAAACUUUCCUUUUCACCUCCGAAUCUGUCGGUGAAGGACACCCAGACAAGAUCUGUGAUCAAGUUUCCGAUGCCAUCUUGGAUGCUUGUUUGGCUGUCGACCCUUUGUCGAAGGUUGCCUGUGAAACUGCUGCCAAGACCGGUAUGAUCAUGGUCUUCGGUGAAAUCACCACCAAGGCCCAGAUUGACUUCCAGAAGGUUAUCAGAGACACCAUCAAGCACAUUGGUUACGAUGACUCUGAAAAGGGUUUUGACUACAAGACCUGUAACGUUUUGGUUGCUAUUGAGCACCAAUCACCUGAUAUUGCCCAAGGUUUGCACUACGAGAAGGCCUUGGAAGAGUUGGGAGCCGGUGACCAGGGUAUUAUGUUCGGUUACGCUACUGACGAAACCGACGAAAAGUUACCUUUGACUUUGCUUUUGGCCCACAAGUUGAACGCUGCUUUGGCUUCUGCUAGAAGAUCCGGUGCUUUGCCAUGGUUGAGACCAGACACCAAGACCCAGGUCACUAUUGAGUACGCCAAGGACGGUGGUGCUGUUAUUCCAUUGAGAGUCGACACCGUUGUCAUCUCUGCUCAGCACGCUGAAGAAAUCUCCACCGAAGACUUGAGAUCUGAAAUUAUCAAGCACAUCAUCCAAAAGGUCGUUCCAGAACAUUUGCUUGAUGACAAGACCGUCUACCACAUCCAACCUUCCGGAAGAUUCGUCAUUGGUGGUCCACAGGGUGACGCUGGUUUGACCGGUAGAAAGAUCAUUGUCGACACCUACGGUGGUUGGGGUGCUCACGGUGGUGGUGCUUUCUCCGGUAAGGAUUUCUCCAAGGUUGACAGAUCUGCUGCUUACGCUGCCAGAUGGGUUGCCAAGUCUUUGGUUAACGCUGGUUUAGCCAGAAGAGCUUUGGUUCAAUUCUCGUACGCCAUCGGUGUCGCUGAACCAUUGUCCAUCUACGUUGACACUUACGGUACCUCCAAGUACUCUUCUGAACAAUUGGUCGAAAUCAUCAAGGCCAACUUUGACUUGAGACCAGGUGUGAUUGUCAAGGAAUUGGACUUGGCCAGACCAAUCUACUUCAAGACUGCUUCCUACGGACACUUCACCAACCAAGAAAACCCAUGGGAACAACCAAAGAAGUUGAAGUUCUAAACGACUCGUAGAAUUCUGCCAAGCAUACAAGUUUGAUGUGUUUCUACUGUUUUUUUUCACUUCCCCUUCUUUACUUCUUGAAAAAAAAGGAACAUAUAAUACUUAAUGACUAAUGUAAUGAAUGACUCAUACGAGCAAUUGUCACUACGCCAAUUGCUCUGAGAUCAACGCUCAACUCGUUGAUCUUGUUGCAAACUAAUAUUUUUAUUGUUUCACAUCUGUGUUAAUAGCAGCCUGCUUCCUUCACUUUUUAUUCACCACUUUUUCCACCAUUUUUACUCCGGUAUGUUUUUGUUUUUUGAUAAAGGAUAGAGUUUUUUAUUGCAUUAAAUUGGGGUCCUCAACGGACAAUUAAGGUUAUAGUCUAUUCAAGUAGAUUUUAUAGAUAAAAGUAAAUCUGCUUGAGUAUCC